UACAUUCCGCCCGUAGUGACACACUGGGCGUCAAAAUGGCGGCUGAUGAGAUCUCUAGUUGUGGCACAUCCAUGUAACAAAAUUUCCAUGAUGUCAACAACUAAAGUAGUUCGGUUGGAGGAGGUGAGCUACGCAGAGGGCAGCUUCUCCUCCCUAAGCAAGCCAGGAAUUCUGAAGAAUGAAGAAUCUCAGUCAGAUGGACUGCUAGAUAAAGAUGUUGAUGGCAGUCAAGAAAAGGAGGAGACAGAGGAAGCUAAAGAUAAAGUGUACCCUCUUCCAUCCAACUGGCCAAAGAUACCUCAGCUUGCCCGUCGUCGUAGUUGCGAGUUGACAGGGUCGACCGAGCCGUGUGUGAAGAAGGCAGUGUCUCACCUGGAGCUGGUACAGAACAUCAUUGAUGAGUGGUUCAAGAAGUCAGAGGAGGAGGUGAAGAGCAAGUUGUCCAGUCGGAGAGAUUCUAUAGUGUCCAUCCAAGGACCCAGAAAACACCUGAGGUUUGUGGACAACCAGGCAGCACCAGGCAGUUUAUCAGGUCGCCAGUCCAGCACAGUCAGCGAAGUGUCUCAUGCUUCCUCACAAGUGUCAACCCAAGAGAACCUGUCGAUCAAGGGUAUAGGCGCCAAGGCUGAAAAAGAGGACGUUGAGGUUGAGGAUGAAGGUCUGGAGAUUCCCUACCUCGGGGCUGAGGAUGUGAUUGACGAGGUCAUCACACUGCUGGCCAGGCUUGAGAAUGACCGACAUGAGACAGAGGGGAAGCUGGAGCAUGAGAGGGGGAGGGUCACUAAACUGACCAGUAAGAUUGAUGACCUGUGUCUCCGGAGGCUGAGGGAUCUGCCGGUGCUUGUUCAAAGAGAGCAUGAAGCAUGUAUUCUCGACCUGAAUGAGCUGCAGUGGCAUGUUGCGUACCGAGGUCGAAAUGAGGCGCGCAUGCAGAACAGGAGAGAAAUUGCGGAAGUUCUCAAUAACAGACUCAAGGAGGACAUUGCUUUUGUAGAGAGGCAUAUACCCCUGGUCCAGGAGAAGCUGCUGCUUGAGAUGGAAGCCAUGGACAAAAUUAAGAAGGCUCAGGCCGAGACUGACCAGGAGCUGGAGAUGACCAAACAGAGGCAGGCCAAGACAGAGCAGAAGUCUGAGGAGGCGGUCAACAAGGCGGAGAAUGAACGUGGACACAUCAAGCGAGAGCUGGACACUGUCCGAGACAACCUUAGUCAGAUCAGUGAGGAUCUGUCGGAGGCGAAGAUGACGUACAAUGCGUAUGUCCACCAACUGAACGACAUCCGACAGCAGCUGAAGGACAACGACCAAGAGAUGAAGAUCCUGGAGGUGAAGAAUGAAAAUGCAAAGGUGGCGGAGGAGAUGCAGGCAACCAAGGUUCGAGAUUUCCAAACUAGAAUCGCAGAGACAGAGUUCGAACACCGAAGAUUGGAGUCAGAAAAUCGGCAACUUGAGCAGAAACUGAGGACAAUGAAAGCCCAGAACAGUCACAAGCGGGAUGAGCUGAAGCACAAGUGCAAGCAACUGGAGGGGAAGUUAAGGACGCUGCUGAGAGAGACACAGGAGGUCAAGAUGGACAAGGAGGACUGUGAGGACAAGCUGGUGCAAUGUGACAAACAGAGGGUCUAUGAUGAGAAGAAUGUUGUGCGCAUCAACAAGGAGAUGCGACGUACGGACACCCUGUUUAAUGCAACCAUGGAGGAAUACUCCAAGGUGUUGGCCAUGAACCAGCACAUUAGGGAACAACUCCGAACUGAAGAGGACAAGGCUUUCAAAACAGAGGAAAUGAUUAAAAACCAGUGUGAGACGUUGAAGAGGCAGGUGAAGGAGGAGGUGCACACUCGCACCGUGCUGCAGGCACGUAUCAACUCCAACUCCACCGAGAUGGACAGGACCCGCCAAGACUCAGCCAAGAAGCAGACUAAGGCCCAGAAGGUGGCGGACGAGGUCGGCUCAGCGGUCAACAAUGUCCUGGAGAAGGUGCAGAAGCUGAGGAACACCAAGGAUGAGAAGGGCAAGCUGAAGUCUGACCUUGACACCAAGAUUGCCGGCAUCCAGAUGCAGCACAAGGAGAGUCAGACCACCUUCCUGGAGAGAAUCGGUCAUCUGGAGCCCCGCCACAAACUACUCAAGGAUGAGGUGUUAAAGCUGGACAAGCAGCUUGACCACAUUCAGUGGAAGUCAGACAUGAUGAACAAGAAGAUGGAAGAUAUGGACGCCUCGGAGAACAUGAUGAAGAGGGUCAUCAACAGUACAGACAAGAUCAUAGAUAAACUCACUGAAGAACUAGAUGAGCUGAAUAUUCAGCUUGCUGCUGCCAAGAAGAUUGAAGAUGACCUUCACAAGUCCUACAAUGAGGUCCUUGGGCGUAUCCGUGACAACACUAGUAAACAUGAACAUCUGUUAGAGGACAGACAGGAAGUUCAUAAGAAACAUGAGUCUGAGAAGAGGCGCUGCUUGUACAAGAACAAGGACUUGGCAUCACAGUACCGGCAGCUACAGAAUGAUUUCAUCGUGAUGAAGGAGAAGCUUCUACGAGGGUACGAGGACAGAGUCAAGUUAGAGAGUGCCAUCACAGACACUAAACAGCUACAGUCUCUACAGAAGAAGCUCCAUGGUGCUCUCACCGAGUACUUUAAACUCAGUGGACUGUAUAAUGAGUCUGAGCUCUGCAAGUUGGAACACGAGUCCAGUCAGAACGGUGCCCGAGUGUCCCAACUGCAGGACAAGAUGGACGAAGCUCUGGUCAGUAUCACCCACUUCCUCCAGACACAGAUGGAUGGUCAGACUGCCCGGAAGAUGGCCUGGAACACUGUCCGAUGCAGGACGAGGCUCGGGCACAGGGCCUGAAGACACCACUCCCAGACUAUGCCAGCAGACCAAGCACUGUAGUGUCUGCAUGAUACUCAAAACUGUAACGAUAAUGCAGAUUUGGUACAGAUAGCUUGAAUAAUGGUAUUUUGAAAUAUAUUUUCAAAGAUUUGAUAUUUACCAAUAAUCCAUUUAGAAAAUGGUCAUAAUGUUGAAUUCAUAAUUAGUCAAUGUCCAAAGAUCCAAAGAUUGCAUUCAUAACAUUUUCCAAAAAGGAAAUAACUUGAAAAAUUAGGUGUCAUCAAGUUAGCUAUUUGGGAUAGAUGUCUGUUGUUACUAAAUAAUACAAUGUUUACAGAUUUAUUUAUAUAAAAGAGCAUCCUAAAUACCUCAGGCAUAAAGGCAUUUAGUUUGAUAUUGCCUUAUUGUCAAUGUCAGUUCUUUAUUGUGUCAGUGGUCAUGAUCUCAAUGAAGGGACCUAUAUGGUAAAUAAUGCCAUUGAGUUUGUUAUUAUGCCAGUUUGAAAACAGUUUGAAAUGGGUAAACUAAUGUUUUCAUGAAGUGAUCAGUUAGCUUAUGUCCAAACAGAGAAGACUGUUAGCAAAGAUGUAAAUGUUGGUUGGCAUGUUGCCUUUUUAACAAACAAGAACUCAGCCAAAAUCUAGUUCAGUUUUUAUGCCAUAAAGUGGAGUGGAAGUCCUAUUUUGUACUGAUAACAGCUGUGAUAUAUUUUGAUCAAAGUCAUUUGUUAUGGUCUAUAUUUACAAUGUUUUCCGUCCAUGUGUUUUGUGCCUUCAGAUCUUUUUGCCUUUUAGCCAAAAAUGUUUCCUUGUUUCAUAUAUGCAUACAUUUACUUGCCCAAAAUAUCCGAUUAUACCAUAACAUUGAGGUUUCCAUGGAAACUGUACAAAACCUUGUUACACUGAUGAAUCAUAUUGCUGUGAUAAACAUACAGUAUUGUACUUGUAUUGUACUCUUACAGGAUUGGUGAAGUUGUAUGAUUUCGUCUUGCAGCCUGGGUCCAAAGUAUUUAUGUUAUGGUUGCCUAUUUGUUGGUGUCACGGUAGAAAUAAAUAUUAAAUCUACU